AUGGGUUUGGCGAGAUUUGGGCGUCCGAAGGGAGCCUUGAGCAGCCCCAAUCUCUUCGUCGCUAACUGUGGGCCCGCCGUGGGGCUCUCCCACGACGCCAUUGCCACCGCCUUUGGCUCCUUCGGUCAAGUCUCAGGCGUCCACGCCGCCGACGACACCGGCGCUCGUGUCGUUGUCUCCUUCGCCCAAGAGAGCUCUGCCCAGAACGCCUUGAAUGCCUUGCAUGGCCGCCCUUGUCCUGACCUCAAGGGUCGCACCUUGCACAUUAGAUACUCUGUUCUUCAACCCACCUCAAUGGGUCGAGUUGAUGACUCUGUGGAAGUGUCUUUACUGCAUUCGGAGCUGAAAAUUCCUGGCCUUUACUUGUUCCAUGAUUUCGUCACUGCGAAAGAGGAGGAGGAGCUGCUUGCGGCAGUUGAUGAAAGGCCCUGGAAGAAUCUUGCGAAAAGAAGGGUUCAGCAUUAUGGCUAUGAGUUUUGUUAUGAGGUAAGGAAUGUUGAUUCUAAGAAGAAUUUAGGCGAAUUUCCAUCAUUUGUUUCUCCUAUACUGGAAAGAAUAUCUAUGCUCUCCAAGCGUGAGGAUGUUGAAACUAUAGCUUUGGACCAAUUAACGGUUAAUGAGUAUCCACCUGGGGUGGGCUUGUCACCACAUAUAGACACCCAUUCUGCUUUUGAAGGACUAAUUUUCAGCCUUUCGCUAGCAGGGCCUUGCAUCAUGGAGUUCAGAAGAUAUUUUGAAGGUGGUUGGCUUCCUAGAACUUCCUCAAGUAUUGAUAUCGAAACGGAAAAUUCUGAAAACAAUUCGAAUUUCUUAAGGAGGGCUAUAUAUCUUCCCCCUCGGUCUUUGUUACUAUUAUCUGGAGAGGCUCGCUAUGCUUGGCAUCACUACAUUCCACAUCAUAAGAUUGACAAGGUGAAAGGCAGUGUGAUCAGAAGAGGCUCAAGGAGGGUGUCUUUCACAAUUCGUAAGGUCAGAACAACUCCUUGCCAAUGUGAAUUUCCGCUAUACUGUGAUUCUCAGAGGUAAAAAGGGUAUGUUUCUUGCUUGAAGAUGUUAGCUGGGGUUCUAGGUGCUUUUAUUCACGUCAUCAUUAUUGGAGAUGGUUGAUGUGGAGAUAUUUCAUUAGGUGGAUUUGAAUUUUUGAUCUUAGAAGUCAUGACCCAGCUGUUGAGUUUAGAAUUGGUUGCUCAGACCUUGUAGGGAGGAUUUUAGUGACUAAAAGGUGUUUAGCAACUUUGUUGGAUUAAGUUAACUGGGGUGGGUGAAAUGGUAAUCCAUGUAGCAGAGUUACUUGCUGGUCUGCGGUGUAAAAAGCAUGGAAACUGGAAUGAAAUAUAUAUUUUUUGUUG